UGACAUGUAUUUAAAAAUAUAUAAAUAAACAUUUCAUAACGUAUUUAAACACUACUCAUUAAAUUCAGUCUGCUGUCCCAAUGAGAUGCCUUUAUUAAGAAAAAUAAUCAACACCAACAACGCCCCUAGGCCUAUAGCCCCUUAUAACCAAGGAGUUGUAUUAGAGUCAACGCUGUAUGUUUCUGGAUGUUUAGGUUUGGAUAAGGACACCAUGAAGUUGGUAGAAGGGGACGUUUCAACUGAAACCAGACAAGCUUUGAGGAAUCUUGGACAUAUUUUGACUGCAGCAGAAACGUCUUAUGAUAAAGUAAUCAAAACAACAAUAUUUAUGAGCGAUAUAAAUGAUUUUGCCGCUAUAAAUCAGGUUUAUAAUGAGUUUUUCACCAAAGAUUUUCCUGCUAGGUCUGCCGUUCAGGUGGCAAAACUACCACUAAAUGCUAGAGUGGAAAUUGAAGUGGUAGCAGCCGUAGGUACUUUAAAAACCGUUUGUUGUAAACAUUAAUUUUAUAUUUUAAUAUAUACUAGUAUUUUU